GUAUUUACUCUUGCGGGUGUCACAAAACUACAAUACCCAGGAUGCAAAAGCUCCUCAGGAAGGGAAGUCUAAUUAUAAGCCGCUUGGGUAAAAAAAGCCCACCGCUGAAGUAGUAUUGUGUUACACGAGAGGAACCCGGCUAACCUUUAAUAGGGCAAAGACGAAAGAAAGUAACCCCACUGGUCACGCACGCUAAAUCUCUCGCAAAUAUGCCAAAUAUACCGCAACUGGAUUUGACACCACAAAUUGGUGCCAGAAGACGAAGCUGGGAGAUCGAAGUGUAACUAUAAACUGUAUGGAUUUAUACUUUGCAAAAAUACUUUUUCUUUUUUCUGAUGGACUAUUCCAAUUAUGGAUCAUCAACUAUCCACGGGACUUUGUAGUGGAGCGUAAUGGCGCAUUAUUGGACGGAGCCUAACAGAGUUUAAAAACCAAACCAAGUUUUCAAGAAAACAUCACAGUACUGGAACUGCACACCUCCAUUGAUCCCAACCCGACUGUCAUCGAUGAAUCCUCCAAUGUGGUUCUGAGAUAUCGCACUCCUUACUUCAGGGCUUCAGCUCAAGUUCUGGUGCCACCUGUUACUUGUAAAGAGAUCUGGACUGUGGGUUGGAUCCAGGCUUGCAGUCAAAUGGAUUUCUUCAACGUAUAUGAAAAUGAAGGAGUUUCCAGCUGGGAGCUGCCAGAAAUAAAAUGCGGGCACAUCCAGGCGAUCAGCGAUUCAGAUGGUGUGAAUUAUCCUUGGUACGGUUGCACCACCGAGAUGUACACAGUCGUGGGUCCUACUAAGAAAAGCACCACACUCACCGUCAGUAUGAAUGAUAACUUCUGCCCAAGUGUAACCUGGAGCGUCCCCGUUGGCACAACCAGCAGCCCUCCUCUCCUGAGUGCCAUCCAGAGAGACCAACGCUUUACCACUUGGCUGGUAGCCAUGAACGAAGCCACGGCCGAGAUGGUGUUACUCAGAACCAUCCGCUGGAGAAUGCAGCUGUCUAUUAAAGUGGAUCCAAAGAUGCCUUUGGGCCAAAGAGCCGUGCUUGUGGAACCACUGAUCCAGGAACAGCCUCAAGUCCUGGUUAGGAAUGAACCCAUCCCGUUAAAUGCCUUAGUUAAGCCUAAUGCAAAUGAUGCCCAGGUUCUAAUGUGGCAGCCGAAAAACGGGCGACCUGUUGUUGUUAUCCCUCCAAAAUACUAAGCCAUGAAGAAAUUUCCCUUUCUGCCUGAACUUUGAUGUUUUUAAGCUUGUUUAAACGGAGUGAAUUAGUGAGAAUAAUAUUUACAGGGAUUUUGUUUCUAAAGAAAUUAUUAUUUGUGUAUUUAUUGAUGGUUUAGACGGCUACAUUUAAGGAUACAAGUUUAACACUGUGUAUUGUUUGGAUUGUAAAAAUGUAGAACCCUGAGAAUAUUUCAGUUUCUGGAUAUUUUAAUAUUUGUCAUUUGCAAGACAAAGCGUUUUGUGGCCUUUGCAUACCUCACCCUAGAUUGAAAUGUUGCCUUUAGUUUAUAAAACUGUAUGUUUCUGAUGCAUGCCCAAUUGAAAUUGUGCACACAGUUUGAGCCUACGGGCUUUAUUUAAACAUUUGAGGCAUAUUGUUUUUCAGAUGUGCCCAAAGUUUUACACGCUAUAUACAGAUUCUGUUGCCUUUUCUUUUAAAGCAACACUAUGUAGUAAGAUUUGGCUUACGGCUCCCCCAUGUGGUUGAAAAGCACAACAGUGCCAGUGGUAUCAGACACUCUUUUGCAGGCAGGGGAGGGGCUGUGUGCUCCAACCCGACCAACGCGACUUAAGGGGACUCGUUUAUAAAAUGCUGCGUAGAAACCAUCCUACAUUUGAUCUUACGAUCAUUUAUGAAAAACUUUACGAUCAAAUCUGUGCAUACGCACGCUUUAUAAAUGAGGCCCCAGGACUCAUUAUAGUUGUGCAUACGUCCUGGGACGUAGCCGCGAUGGCGUAGGAUACGCAUCAGUUUUCAUAUAUAUACUUCUGCGUCGUCCACCCAAAUGGAAAUACCUAUGACGCAGUUUUUUUGACCUGACAGGAGGGGUUCUAUUGAAUCAGUCAGCGUAGAACUGACGCGCUGUUAAAAAUUGGGCCAGGUGCACGUCAGGCUACGCAGAGCUACACAGAUGCUACGGAUAACCUAUGGCGUAGACCUUACGCCCAACUAUAAAUUGGACUUUACAGAGUGUGGUUGUAGCAGCUAGGAGGCUAAUCAGGUUGCAGCAGCAGUAGAAUUCAUCCAGGUAAGAGUUCUACCACUGACAUAAUAAGACAUUAUUUAAGGUCAAAAAAACUACAGAGUGUUGCUUUAAUGUAACAAUUGCAAACAUGUCACAUGUAGAUUGUGCGCAUGGUGUCUUAUGAGAUUAAGACUGAACUUAUACUGUGAAUUGUUUACUGCAGCUGUUUUCAAAUGUUUUAGAGGGAGGUUUGCUGGAGCAAGUUGUGUGCUUCAGGUACUCUUAUUUUUUAUGAAUUUGGAGUUUUUCAGCCUCUAUCACAAUAAAUCAUCAGGUUUUGGGGUGUGAUUUUCAUAA